CAGCGCCAUGGCGGCGCCGGGGCUCUCCAAGGCCGAGUACCUGCGGCGCUACCUCAGCGGGCCGCCCGCCGAGGCCGCCCAGCCGCGCCGCCGCCGCAAGAAGAAGCCACCGGGCGGCGGCAGAGCCGGGAUGCGGAUAGUGGAUGAUGAUGUCAGCUGGAAUAGCAUUGCUGUCGUCCAGGAGAAGGAGGAGGAAGAGGAUGAAGGGGACAUGCCUGUGGUGGCAGAAUUUAUUGAUGAACGUCCAGAAGAAGUGAAGCUUAUGGAAGAAUUCCGAUCAAAUACUAAAUGGAAACUUUUAGGAGAACAGAAUGAAGAUUCGCAGAGCUCAGAUCUUUUGGUACCUGCCAAAUUUACUACAAGGAAACAACGCCAUGACUCCCUGGACAGCUCCCCACCAAGGCGACUGCGGCACGACUCCCCAGAUCUGUCCCCUCCCAGGCAAGAGCAAUGUGCCAUCUCCAACCUCUCACCUCCCAGGCGACAGCGCCACGAUUCCCCUGACCUCUCCCCACCGAGACGGAAACGCCACGACUCUCCAGACCUGUCACCUCCCAGGCGACAGCGCCAUGAUUCCCCUGACCUCUCCCCGCCGAGACGGAAACGCCACGACUCCCCCGACCUGUCACCUCCCAGGCGACAGCGCCACGAUUCCCCUGACCUCUCCCCGCCGAGACGGAAACGCCACGACUCCCCCGACCUGUCACCUCCCAGGCGACAGCGCCACGAUUCCCCUGACCUCUCCCCGCCGAGACGGAAACGCCACGACUCCCCCGACCUGUCACCUCCCAGGCGACAGCGCCACGACUCCCCUGACCUCUCCCCGCCGAGACGGAAACGCCACGACUCCCCCGACCUGUCACCUCCCAGGCGACAGCGCCACGACUCCCCCAACCCUUCCCCGCCGAGACGGAAACGCCACGACUCCCCCGACCUGUCACCUCCCAGGCGACAGCGCCACGACUCCCCUGACCUCUCCCCGCCGAGACGGAAACGCCACGACUCCCCCGACCUGUCACCUCCCAGGCGACAGCGCCACGACUCCCCCAACCCUUCCCCACCGAGACGGAAACGCCACGACUCCCCCGACCUGUCACCUCCCAGGCGACAGCGCCAUGACUCCCCUGACCUCUCCCCGCCGAGACGGAAACGCCACGACUCCCCCGACCUGUCACCUCCCAGGCGACAGCGCCAUGACUCCCCCAACCCUUCCCCACCGAGACGGAAACGCCACGACUCCCCCGACCUCUCCCCACUGAGACGGAAACGCCACGACUCCCCCGACCUGUCACCUCCCAGGCGACAGCGCCAUGACUCCCCCAACCCUUCCCCACCGAGACGGAAACGCCACGACUCCCCCGACCUCUCCCCACUGAGACGGAAACGCCACGACUCUCCAGACCUGUCACCUUCCAGGCGACAGCGCCACGAUUCCCCUGACCUCUCCCCGCCAAGACGGAAACACCAUGACUCCCCUGACCUCUCUCCAAAGAAGGUCAGUUCAGCAAUGGGAAAAAAAGCCUGCAGAUCCACGGACAAGUCACUCUCGGGAGGAGUCCUCGCUGACAAGUCCUCAGCACAUCACAAGCAGAAUGUUAGCCCAGAUCUGUCCCCUCCCCAGAAAAAAAGAUACGAUUCUGACCUAGACUCAUCACCACCUCGGAAAAAGAGGACAGAGUCACCUACUCUGAGAAAGCAGAAUAGAACUAGAGGUGAAAGAGGUGCUUCUCCAGUGACUAAAAAGCUCAGGCAGAUUCCCUCACCUCAGAGGUGCUCGAGACACGAUUCUGAUUGUUCAUCUCCACGGAGGAGUUCCCGGAAUGCCUCAGAUUCUGACCCUUCUCCUCAACGGAAGAAUCGCAGGCUACACCAUGACUCCCCUAAACGUGGUCCUCUUAAAAAGAAUCAGAGCAAGCAUUCAGACUCUGAUUCGUCUCCUCCGCGAAGGACGCUGUCAGCUGGAAAGGAGCAGUACGGUUCAAAGAGUCCUCCUGAUCUGUCGCCCCCUCGUCGCCACCGUGACACUGAGGAGCCUUCCAAGAAGGCAAACAUGAUGUUAUCUGGGGGCAAAGCUGGCUUGGUGUCAGCUGAUGUGCUGCGGAGAGAACAGCAGGAGCUCAGGAGACAUGAGAGAAGUAACAAGCACUUGGAAGAGGAAUCCCGGCACUCUGAGACUGUCUUCCGAGACAAGUCGGGCCGCAAGAGGGACCUGGCGCAAGAACGACUUGAGCAGAAGCAGAAAGCUGAAGCAAAGUCUGAGAGAGAUGAACAAUAUGCCAAGUGGGGAAAAGGGCUAGCUCAGGGGAGGCAGCAGCAGCAGAAUGUGGAAGAUGCAAUAAAAGAGAUGCAAAAGCCAUUGGCCCGUUAUAUUGAUGAUCAGGAUCUGGAUCGAAUGCUACGAGAGCAAGAGAGAGAAGGAGACCCCAUGGCUGAAUUCAUCAAAAAAAGGAAGGCCAAAGAGAACAAAGACAGGAAAGAGAAACCUAGGUACAAUGGACCAGCACCUCCACUCAACAGAUUCAAUAUAUGGCCUGGGCAUCGCUGGGAUGGUGUGGACAGGUCAAAUGGAUUUGAGCAGCAGCGGUUUGCCAGGAUAGCCAACAAGAAGGCAUUUCAGGAGCUUGCAUACAAGUGGAGUGUUGAGGAUAUGUAGAUGAGAGAAAUAAGUGUGAAACAGAGCUCCUGAACUGAUGUUACAGAGGUUCAUCUACUGCCACUGCCAGAGCUCUGAGAAAUCGCUGACUCUGCCUGGACCAAGUGCCAUCCUUGACAUUCAGUGUCCCAGUGGGAAGGAGAGGCUGAAUUUAGCGGUGCUCCUGAAUGAGGAUUUUCCUGUCAUCCAGAGAAGAUGAACACAGAGAAUUUCAGCAGCGUUUCUUGGAGCAGUGCGAUGGCUGAAAGUGCUGGACAGAUGCAGUGACUGCUGCCAGCAGGACUACUUCUGCUCUCUAACAGUUCCCCUUGAGGUGCUGCAGACAUUGUUUUCUGGCCUGUUUACUUCUCUUCUCACAAACUGUAUAAACUGUAUGCAUAGUUGUCUUUCAAAUGCUUUGCCCUCUGAAGAUGAUUCACAAAUUUUCAGGUAUCCUAAAUCUCAGGUUUUUUCAUGGUGAAAGGAUGCUGAAAAUUCAGUUACUGAAGAAUUACCAUGUCAGGUAACUCUUGCCAGUUCAGCCUGUUCCAGAAUUUGGUUGCAGUUUCAAUUGUGGGCAAGUUCUUCCAGAAAGCAACUAUCCCCAGAACUACUUAAUACUGUGAGCUGAUUUGCCUCUGGCCUGGUACCAGAUCUCCUUCACAUCCUUACUAGGGAGCCCAAAGUGCUUCUGAUAAGUGUAUGUAGUUAUCAUGCCUUCUAGUUCAUGGAGUCCUUGACUUGCAGUCAGACUUGUAAAGCUGAGCCUCUCUUCGUCCUAGUCCAAGUUGUGCUGGAUGGGUUGGUCUGUGGCAGGAAGCUACUUGCUGUAUAUCACAAGUCUUCUUUCUUAGAAGAGGCUGAGAGAGCCUGCAAUGUUGUAUGUCACAGUUUUCAGAAGCCCUGGCAACUCUUUGGGGGUCAAUUUCUUGUGGAAAAAUACAGAGGGGAUUUAAAACGUUUUCUCUGACAGUGUGUUACUGGUAGCUGGGCAGUUCCUUAGCACUGCGGCCUGGAGGUUUGUUUCAGUGUGAAAUGUAACCCCUCUCGUGAUCAGAUUUGUGUGGGCUUGGAGCUGGACACCAGAGUUGCACGUGAAUCCUUGCUUGCAAGAAAUAAGUAUUCUAGAAAUAUUCUAGAAAUAAGUACAGUUGUUCUUGUUUAUGUACCAGAGAGCAUAUAUUAAAUGCAGCCAGCAAUUUCCUUGGAGAUCUCUUGUCGUUAAUAGUGGUCAGGGGCCAGUCAUGAGAAUUACUCUUUGCAGUGAUUCUCUUAGAGUAGGAAAGGAUCUGGGUGAGAAGUAUAAUGACAAAGUUAUCUCUGGAGUUUGUGAGUCUUGAUAUUUUCUUCCUUGUUUUUUAGUCACUGUGUAAUAUUUUUAGCAAUCCUGGAAUCCAUGUCUACACUUGUAAAUAACAGGGUUUUUUUUACUUGA